AAAUUAGAGAGUGUCAAGUAAUUCGGAAAGCGGCCACACUAGUUACGACUUCAUAUUGUAUUGGAUUGGUAUUGGUAUUUUACUAUAAUAUCUCAGAGCGUCAGCAUAACAUUGAACAAGAGGCUACUGAAAAUGACAGAUUCGAUGAAAUUUGGUCCGGAAUGGUUGCGCAAUAUGUCAGCCGAGCCCUCGGGCUCUCCCAGUACUUACAACGUCGGUGCUGGAGGCCCAAAUAGCUCGAUGGCAGCGCACAGCCUGGGCAACAACACGACAGGCUCUGCUUCGCGAAAUCUAUUUCCAGAAUACCGGUACGGUCGCGAGGAAAUGCUGUCCUUGUUCGAUCGCAACUGUAUGCUGCCGCAGAUCCUGCCUUCGUUCAAAAAGCUCUUUGUGGAGAAGGUCCAGUACCCACUUGCCCUGACACCGAGCUCAGAGGAGGACAGCAACCAGAAUCUACUUGGAAAUAGCUCGCGGCCGGCCUGGUUGCAGCGCUCGUCCGGUGGAUUUGGUACUGCCUCCCGAGGCACUGGACGUGGUGGGACAGUCGACCGGGGGCGAAUGCGCGGCAAAUCUGUCUAUCAUCCGAUAUACCAACGUCCAAGUGGUCUCUACGAUGAGGGCUUAUCGGUAAUAUCCAUCAAGGCCGAACGCACUUGGAGCGACCGCAACGGAACAGGAGAUUCAGCAGUGGCCAACACCUCUACAAGUGGCCCAGGUGCCCUAGAUUGGAAUGGGACUCCAGGCUCAAGUCCUCGGAAAGACUUUUCCAGUCAUCAUCGCAACAUGGAGAACUGGCGACGAACCCGUAACGAAGACGGAUCCGGAGACGGUCCAGUUGCCAGUGGUUCCAUUAGUGGCCCUGAUAUAGCUGGUUGGAGGAGCGGUGGUGGCGGAGGAAGUACUAAUACAAGUUUUGGUACCAACAGUCAGCGCUGGGGGAGGUCUACGAGUUGGCGCGAUGAAGAUGCUAGCGUCGACAAUCAAACUAGUUUGCAACGUUCAAUUUCAACGGUUGGGACUGUGGGCCCAGAUCGAGAGCGCCCUGGUAACAGUAAAGGAUCUGGAAUGGGAGCUGGAGUGGCGGUAGGAAGCACAUCCAACCCUUCUGUACGCUUGUCAAAUUCUAAGUCCUCUCAAAUGUGGACUGUCAACAAUGCAGUUGGUGAUGGCGACGACAAUCUUCCUGAAUGGGCUAUGGAAAAUCCGUCAGAACUAGGUGGCAGCUUUGAUGCUAGUGGGGCCUUUCAUGGUGAUACCGAUCCUCAAAGUAGCAAAAGUUCACAUAAUGCUUUAAAGGAUAAAGGCUUGAACUCUGAUCAGAAUUCACCUAAAUCUAAAAGUGAAGAGCCUACUGAUAGAGAAAGUAUCAACGAUAAUACUUCUGAGGCCCCAUUAAAGAAAAAUUCGCCUAUAGUCGCUGCACAAGAAGCCAACGACAACAGUUUAUCUCCAACAAACCCAACGACAACAAAAAUAGAUGUGAUUCAUGGGGAUAUUUCAGAUCGAAUUAAAGAAGUCGCCGAUGAAGUGGAAAAACUUAUAACGGAAGAUGAUAAUAAAAGCUCAGCGAAUCCCAGCCAGCUUCAAAGUGAAAGCGGUCGGUUUCCUGGUGCGCUGCCAAGCCUGACAGAUAUUGAGUUAAGCAUGAAGCCGAAUUCUGUGAAUGUUACAGCAGCGCGCCCGCAAGCACCUCCCUCCAUGCCUAUACAAAUGGCUACCAUUUCAGAUGCAGCUCACCCAUCCCACUCGCAUCCAGAUAUUCCGUUUUCAAACCACGUGGCUCUUCAGCACCAUAACAUGCAUCACCAACCACAUUUUUCAAUGAUUCCCACGCCACAUUUGAUCAAUCCAAAUCUGAAUGAACUCUGGUUUUACCGAGAUCCCCAGGCCAACGUCCAGGGCCCAUUCAGUGCGAUGGAGAUGACCGAAUGGUAUCGUGCUGGGUACUUUAAUGAGAACCUUUUCGUGCGACGAUUCUCCGACAAUAGGUUUAGACCGUUGGGCGAGCUUAUAAAGUUUUGCCAUGGGAACAUGCCAUUUACGCACAGCCAUUUACUUCCUUCGCCAAUAGACCUAGAGAACCUUCCUGUUGGACAGAUACCGGCUACUCUUUCAGCGGCAAUUCCAAUUACGCCCCGGAAGCCCUCCCCCAUUGCUCUCUCGCUGUCUGUUGUAGAACAGCAGUUGCAACAACAAAGAGAUGAUCAACUAAAGGCAAAUGUAACAGCCGCCGCAGAAUCCCUAAGUGCAGCAAUUAAAGGAAAUUUGGGCGGAAAUACCACUACGUCUCAUAUGCUUACAAUGCGAUUUCAGAUGCUACAGGAUCAAUACUUACAGCACCAGGAAUACCAAAUACUGGCAGAGCUAUCCAAAAACGAAUGCUUUCAACGGCUUGCGGCUGUUGAACGAGAGGCGGUUGUCCGCCGGAAAGUUCAAUUGCUUGUUCUACCUGAGUAUCUAACCAGUUUAAAUGGACUAAGCAACUCGCUUUCGGUAUUGAAUCCUGUUGCCGGGCGCCAGUUAUAUAGUGCAGUUGCUGAACAGGCUAAGAAGGAUCAGCAGCAUAUGUUCGCAAACAGCAACGAACAGCAACGCUCAGUGGGUAAUCUACUAGAUGCCAAUAAUUUCAUACUGAAUGCUCAAAUUAUGCAUCAGCAAGCGCAACCAGUGGUUGUCCCCUUGGUAGCAUCCGUCGAUUGUGUUUUGCAAAGUGGAUCUGCAGGCGACCUCAAUAAACUAGAUGAGCUGCCCAGAAAUGACUUGGACAUACUAAAUGAAUACAACUUGCGAAUGUUGUUGCGUGGCCAACCAACAGUUAACCAACAGCAACAACCAUCGCUGCCAAAUUCUACUAACGAAAAUCUUUCUGGAGCGGAUUUUAUAACUGAAACCCAAUUGCUAGCGGGACAAAACUUGAUGAUUCCAAUGUGGUUACCGCCUAACAAGCAACAGCAACCUGAUCAACAAUGGCCUGGAAUGACUAACGAGAAGACAACUCUGUGGGAAGUGGCCAACUUAAAUGAAGAGCAAAUUGAAGAACAACAACUUUUAUUGCUCAAGAGCCCGCAAAGCUGCUUUGCAGAUACAGUGCAUUCAGUGCCAACACCCCCACAAUCGCAAGUUCGAUCAGAAGAUAAUUUUAAACAGGUCAGUUUAGCAGAAUCAGAUCCGCCCCAGAUUAUUGACAAUCUUAAGGACUCACAUAAUCAAAAGACUGUUCAAUCCUUUGCUUCCGACAUUGAACAGUAUCAAAAUAAGGAACAACAUCCACAUCAGCAACAGGCCAAGACCAAUAACAAGCACCAUUUGAAUGUAAGACAGAGUGUUCCACAGUCUGUACCCAUAAAGCAAAUAAAUGAAGAUGACCGCAAACGAGAGCAGACAGAAGAAAAGAAGCGGCAGAAGGAGGAGCGCAAGCGCCAGCAGAUGGAAGAAGAAAAACGUCGAGCUGUGCUGGAAUCCGAAGAAAGAGCCCGUCAAAUGCAAGAGGAAAAAGAAAGACAACAGCAAAUACAAGCACAGCGUCGAAAGGCAUUAUUAGGCAAUGGGCAGUCUCAAGGUACAAUGACAGCUACUUCCGGGUCUCCUCAAAGCAAUAAAAACGACGCUGUCAAGUCGCCUGAACCGCAAUCAACUUCGCGUUUACCCGCCUCUUCCGUAGCGCCAUGGUCUCUCCAAUCACCGAAUUCAAACAGCACUGCGCCUGGACUGGCAGAGAUUCAAAAAGCUGAACGUCGGGAGCGUCGUGCAGACCAGCAGCGACAUCAGGAGCUACUGGAUAAGCAAUUGCGUGCUAACGCUGCGGCUGCCGCUGAAGCUAACGAUGCUUUGCUAAAAUGGCAGGCAGCACCAGCGUCGGCUCCGGUAAUGAGCCUUGCCGAAAUUCAAGCUGAGGAGGCCAAGCGGUUGGCCAAUGAACUUGUGGAUCAGCAGCGUCGACGUGAACUGGAGCAACACCAAAAUGCUACCCUACCAUCAGCCGUUGUAGGGUCAAGUGGAACUACCAACAUCUGGGGCAGCGCUAAUAAGGCUUGGAGUGGUUCGUCGGUUGCUUCAUCACUCCCAUUGAGAUCAAACACCGGAACUGGUUUGUGGGACGAGCCAAACGCAUCAGGUACUAAUCAAACUUUGUAUGGAUCUGGAUCAAGCAGUAGCAAUACCGUUACUGCGGCGGCUGUUUUGGUAGCUGGACUAAACUCGGCGAAUAAAACCCAUCAGCAAACUCAGAAUAAGUCGGGAACUUCAUUUGCAUCGCCUCGAAACUUACGCAAGAGUCAAACAUUGCCAGCCAUACAUAACGCAGGAAAAACGACUAAAAAUGCACCAGGACAACAACAGCAAGAAAAACAAAAAAUAACCACGGUUCGUGCGGGUUCGAAAGUUGCUGUUGCCUCUGUAGAUGAUAAGGAUAAGGAGAAAAAGUCUAAUGUGAAAAGCCAGGUGCAGCAAGUUGCGGAUCAGACCAUUAGUAAGGUUAAUGAGUACGAGAACGAGUUUACAAGCUGGUGUAUGAAGAGCCUAGAUAACAUGUCGGCCAAAGUGGAUGUACCAACGUUCGUCGCCUUUUUGCAGGAUUUGGAAGCACCUUAUGAGGUUAAGGACUAUGUGCGUAUAUAUCUUGGUGAGGGAAAAGAGUCUUUGGAUUUCUCCAAGCAGUUUUUGGAACGGCGCAGCAAAUACAAGAGCUUGCAACGUGCCCAAAAUGCACACAAUGAUGAUAUGUGCAAACCGGCUCCCGCCAUAACACCGUCGGCAAACGACUAUACUGACAGCAAGAACAAGCAGAAAAAAGUUAAGAAGAAUAAGAUGACUAAAAUGGACGCCCGCAUUCUUGGGUUUUCGGUCACAGCCGCCGAGGGUCGCAUUAAUGUUGGCGUUCGUGACUAUGUCGAAGGACCAUAACCACUCCGGAAAGGCCAACGACAACCUCAAAUUUUAUAUAAAAUUACAAAUCUUAUAAACUGCAAAAUUGAAUUAAACGUUAGGUCACAAAUGGAUGUGCGCUAAACCCUGAUAUACCUAAAUAAAUAUAUAUAAAUAUAUAUAUACACAAUCAA